GCCGCCGCCGCUCCUCCUCGGCCGCCCUCGCCUCUGUUUACCUCACACCGCCCACCCCUCCCAGCACCCACCGCGGUAAACACCGCCUCCCAUUGGUCGCCGCCGCGUCAGCUGACAGGAAGCGGCCCCUUCCGCCACAUCUUUAUCAAAUAUUACACUCGGUUAUCGCCCGCCAGCGGCUAAUAAACCACUGCGAGAUAAACAAAAUGGCUUUGUGCAAGUCAGAAAUUGAACACGUGCACAAGGUUUUGUCGUUAAUGUUGAAUAAUUUGGAAUGUCCUAUCUGCUUGGAAUUGAUGAAAGAACCUGUGUCAACCAAAUGUGAUCAUCAGUUCUGUAGGUUUUGUAUAUUGAAGCUGUUUGGCAAGACAAAAGGCAGUAUACUGUGCCCAUUGUGCAAGAACAAACUUACCAAGAGGAGUCUCCAGGAAAGCACUCGAUUUAAACAACUUGCAGAGGGAAUUGUGAAAACAAUUCGUGCGUUUGAAUUGGACACGGGUUAUGAAUUCUCCAUUGAUGACUCUCAGAAAACAAGACCGGCUGAGAUCAACUCUUACAAACAGUUAUGGAAAGAUGACAGCAGUGCCCAGAGCAACAACACCCCACAGACAAUAUUAGCUGCUGGAGUCUCUAAAAGUCGCACUUUGAAUGAUUGCACUGGACGUCCUUUGACAGAUGUUGUCAGAAGAGUUUCUACAAGAAAUAAAAAGCAGAAAAUAGAUGCUGAACCUGUUUAUGUUGAGAUUGAUUCAGAUUCUUCUGAGGAAUCUUUGUUUAGAGUACAUAUUAAGGAAAGGUUAACACUGCAGCAAAAUACUGUGAAUAAGAAAGCCACUCUUGAAGAAGAGAAAUCAGAUCAAUGUGACAAUGAUGAAAAGUAUAUCGAGGAAAAUAAAUCAGAAGUAUCUAAACCAGUGUUGGAGGAACUUUCAUCAGAAAUGGAUGAUAAUGAAGUGUCAGAAGAGACUGCAAACACUGAUGCUGGUGAUUAUUCCUGUGCGACUGAAUCUGAGGCAGGAAUAAAACAAAUGACGGGCAACAAAUCUGAGAGUAGCUUCUGCAGCCCAGAGGCGCCGAGAGAGCUGCUUGGGUCUCCGGUUGACAAAGUCAAUGAAAAAAUUGUGAAGCAUGCUAUAAAAAUGGUGAACCCAGAAAGUCGCAGCGAUGGAAAGGAGCUCUUCACUGACAGUCUGGUGCCAUUGUCUUCUGAGAACAAUGUGUUGAAAAAGGACUUGGAAAUGUUAGAUAACCAGAACCAAAAAGAUUCUAAUUGGAUAGGUGGAGAUAAAAUUGAUUUUCAUUUAAAUGGGAAUGACUCUAAUAAUUCAUCAGUUCUAAAAGUAUCCAAGCGAAAAAGCCAGAGAAUUCUGAAGAAAGUCAGUGAAUGGUUAUCCAAAAUUAAUGUUGAUGAGGUGGCAAGGCUUGGUGUUGACUCUAAUCCAUGUGACCAGAACACUGAUUCAGAUUCUUUAGCAGAAAAAGAGAGCUGCCUUGCCUCUUGUGAGGAAGCUUCCAGUUCAGCUGAGACUGAAAAAGUGGAGUAUGACCAUCUUGCAUCACCUUUAAAAAAGGACAAAGAAGUAACAAAAGCAUUGGCAAUUGAUAUUAAAAACAAAGUAUUUGGGAAAACCUAUAAGAGAGACAAAAGAAAAAGUGCCCCCAUAAACUGGAAUUUUAGAUCUGCAGGCAAAAGUGAUGAUUUACUGUCCGAUAAGGAACCUGUCCAUGAGAUUAGUUCUAAUAAAACGCAAAAGGGAAAAACGAGAAGCAAUGGGCUACAUCCUGAAGACUUUAUAAAGACGUCAAUUAAUGAUGAAGGUUAUCCUGUUGGCGUUUGGAAUUCAAACACCAAAAUUGAUCAGGAACAUGUUCUUGUACCUCAGGACACUGAAAUUGAGGCACAUGAAGAGAUGAUAGAAAAAUCAUCAGAUAGUAUACAGGAGGGCAAGCCCAUUGCCCCCAUUCCAAAGGAAGCUGUUUGUGAUGAGACGGUGGAAACUGAAUAUUUGGAGGAAGUCUGCAAGCAAAACCAGCAACAGCCUGAUUUGGAAUUGGGCAAGACUGAUGCUGAAGACAAGAAAAACACCAACAAAGUUUUGGGUAAAAAAGGGAAAAAGCUGUCGACAAAACAGGCCAAAAAAAGAACAAAACCUUUGCAGUUAGUCAACCAGCUUGCAAGAGCAAGUCCCAGAAGCAGCCAUACAGAUAUGAAUGAAAACAAGAUUGACAGUUUUCCCAGUAGUGCAGGAACUGUGAAAACAGAACCAGAAGUAAGGACUACCAGACGAAGCAGCAGGCUGAAGCUUCUGGAUGAAAAGAUAGUCAUGGAAGGCAAAAAGACACCUGAACCGACCAGGUUGCAUUCACCGCUUGGGACUGGAGUAGAUAUUGCACCUUCAGUUCAGAAUGUGGAAAACAUUGAUACUGGCAUGGUGUGUGCAGAAACUGAAAGCUUAACUAUGGAGGAUAUUAUAGCUCAAGACUGCAAUGAGCAGUUAUCCAAUGCUAAUUGUUCAAAUGAAAACUUGACAUCUUGUGGAAAAUGUGUGGUGGAGGAACUUGAAGAUGGGGCUGCACAUGGAUUAUCAGGUGACAAGGAGAGGCAAUCAAGAGACUGCAAUAAGACAGAGGAGACUGGUAAUGCUGCACUGCUAGCCGAACAUCCACUGUCCCGUGAUCAUUCCCCUUUCCCAAUAGCUUCACAAGAUUCCGGCUCGGAGACCAGUGUGUUGUUACUAGCAGCACAGCUAGUUCCCGAGAGAGAACAUGGUGCUCAGAAUGUCCGUUCCAGUUGUGCAGAAGUGGGAAAGUUGAGCUCAAAUGAUACAACGUUUAUAUCUGAAAAUAAUUCAAGGAUAGCAGCUAUGAGCAAUGAAGAAAACAGUGGUGAGGAAAUGACAGCAAAGCUGACUGGAGCAAAGGAAAUUACUGGAGACAGUGAAGUGGACACUGAGCAGCUUCUAAAAUCAUUCAAGCGAGCAAAACGGAAAUCGUUCAUUCUUUUGCCAACCACAAGCUGCCAAUCUGUAGGUGAUGGGUGCCGAGGAUCUCCAACUUCCCAGACACAGUCCGGAAAGUCUAAGGACACAAUUAAAAGAGCUGUAAUAAAUAGGAAGGAUGACAGAAACUUUAUUUCACGUCGAAAAACUGGAAAACUGAAUUUGGAUAAAACAACUGGGAUCAAAGAAACUCGGGUGUCCAAUGAGGUUAAAGCUAAGCAGUGCUCUUCUGAAUUAAAUAAUGGUCUGCAGCAGCUGAACAGGGCCGAUCGAGAUUCUGUUGAAAUUGUUCCUCCAACAGCAUCUUUGCCUCUUCCUCCUGUACUUCCAGAGCAUGGCCAGCAGAUGGUGCCUCUGUCAAAUAGGACAAAGGGGAAGCGAAAGAACAGGCAGCUUAGAAAAAAAGGAUCAAAAUGUAGUACUUUGGUUACUACGGAGAAAGAAGAAUUUGAUUCUGAUAGAUCAAGCCAAACUGGUGAGCUCCUAAAUAGAAACACAAACAACAAUUCUCGGCUUAAAGCUGCAAAUCUAGUUAAAGAUACUGUUGUUAACCAAGAGGUUCAGCAGAAUGUUUUAGAUCUAGAACUUGAAUCCAAUGUCCAUUCAGCGAUUGAAUGUUUUUCAGCUGGCGAGAUUGAAGAGGUUGUAGAAAUUGAAAAAGAUAUUUACCAUGAAAGAGAAUCAGAUAAAUUACUAAAAACAAGAGAAUUUUAUGAAAAUAGUGAAUUACAUGAAGUGCCUGAUAAUGUAGAAGGUACUACUGACUGCAAAUUGGUUAAAUUAGCUGAUUCUCCAUUUAUGCACUCUGAUGCAAACAAAAGCAACAUUGCAGGAAAUAAAGUUGGUGAGAAUUUGCAAAUGACUUUUGCAACGUCUGAUGAGCUUUUUGAUUCUGCAAAGCCAAGUUUCCAGAAAAAUAUUGCAGUGAAUGAACUGGAUAAAUUGCAAAGUGAGUGUGACGUGAGAGACGAUCAGGUACAAUUCAAACUAUAUGACGAAAUUGCAGAACUCAACAGCAGCUUACAAAACUCUUCCCAAGGUCGGGCGAGAGGCUGCAAGAAACGACCAGUAAAAUUAUCAACUUCAGAAUCUGAAACAAGUGAUGAUGACUUGCCUUGUUUUCAGCUAUUUGGAUUCAACAAGUUGAGUUCAAAAACUCAGUCAGUGUCGCAAAGUCCCUUAAGUACAACUUGUCUGUCUUUGAAAACCUCCCAAGUGCAAAACACUUCAUUGCCAAAUCAUAACACAGAAAUUAGAAAGACAGUUUUCACUGAAGUAAAUAAAUUGGAUGAGAGCAAAGGUAAAGAUUGUCCACAAAAUAUAUCCCUUUCCCCAAGCCAAGAAUCGGAAGAAUCUCCAGACCUGUUUUCUUCUUCUGAUGGUUCGUCUCCCAAUCCUAGUCCACAGCCAAAAGUGAGCCACAAGACACUUCGCAAACAAAAAAAGGCUUUAAAUUUGUCUGCACUUGAAAUUCAGGAGGAAAAGAUCGAAGAAACUCGGAAAGGUUCGUCUGCUUCCUAUCUGCAGCCACAACGUUUAGAAGGAAGAACAGUGCCACAUUACGACAGUGAUGCCAGCCACACGGGCGAUUCCUUCUCUCCAGAGUGCGAGUUUCUCACGACGCAGCAAAAGCAUGCAAUGCAGAAUAACAUAAAGAAACUUGAGCGUGAAAUGGCUGUCCUUGAGGCAGUAUUGGAUCAACAUGGAAGCCACGAUGCUGAACACUUACUCUCAUUGAACCAUCAAGAAGACUGUCCAAAGAGCCUUCAACACCAAGAGAAAACAAACAGAUCAUUGAUAGAAAAGGUUACUGCUGCCUUUCCCCUGGGGGAUGCUGAGAUUUUGCAAACCAAAUCAAAAUGUCUUCCAGCAACUGAGGGCUUAGGACCUCAACCACAGCUAAACACAAGCAUAACCUUUACACAUGUGAACAAAGAGGAGACUGAAUGUCCAAAACCUUUAAUGGAUUUGGAAAUUGGACAAAUACCAGAAAACUUUCAAGAUGCGAAUAGCUUGCUUCAUCAAUUCCAAUCUGAAGCAGUUUCUAAAUCAAGGCAAGAGGAAAUGAAAGAGCCUUCAAGUGCAAAAAGAAUAAAAGGAAAGAAAGAACAAGCCAACUUAGAGAAUGAAGGUAAUGCAAUGUUAUUGCAAGACAUUACACUGAUUCCGAAAUUGGGCAGUCAAGGAAAGAAGGAGUGUGACCUGGUACCAGCUGAAAGGACUUCCAUUCAGUCUCCCAGGAUGGCAUUGCAACAUAAACAAGGAACAACUGGCAGUCUGAGUCUUCCGCAAUCCCAAGAAGAGAAAGCCAACAGUCAGCCAAUAUCCGAAAGCUUCAAGCAGAAUUCUCCUUCUCGUGCUUCUUCUCCUGUUUUCAACAAAAUUUCAAACACCACGAGCAACCUUUCGAUAUUUCACAGAAAAAUGUCCUUUGUGGCCUCAGGGUUGAACAGACGUGAAAGUCAAUUGAUUGAAGCUUUUACAAAAAAAAUGGGGGCUGAAUUUCUAAGUAACUUUUCACCCAGUACAACCCAUGUCAUCAUGAAAACAGAUGCGGAUUUUGUUUGUGAAAGGACAUUGAAGUACUUCAUGGGAAUAGCAGGGAGGCGAUGGGUUGUCAGUUAUCAGUGGAUCAUUGAGUGUUUUAGAGAGGGCUCAAUAGUUGAUGAGCUCGAGUUUGAGGUGCGAGGAGAUGUAAUCAAUGGAAGAAACCACAACGGCCCAAGAAAAGCAAGAAAAACAGCUGAUGCAGAACUGCUGUUAAGCCAGUAUGAGAUUUGCUGCUAUGGUUCAUUCACUGGGAUGAGCAGAGAUCAGUUGGAAUGGAUGAUAGAACUCUGUGGUGCCUCAAUAGUUAAGGAACCUUGUUUAUUCACCUAUAGUCCUAAUUGCACCGAAGUGGUGGUAGUGCAGCCUGAUGCUAAUCCGAUUAACACCGACUAUAGAGCAAUACAAAGACAGUACAAUAGUAUUGUGGUUUCCCGUGAAUGGAUUUUGGACAGUAUUGCCUGCUAUGAAAAUCAUCAAUUAAAAGCUUAUCUGAUCUGCCUUCCAGACUGAGUCAGCACAAUCUGGAUCUUCUGAAGAUGUAUUUCUUAUGAUUUGAUUUAUAUAUAAUGUAAAUAGAUUUAUUUGUGUAGGUAUAAUGUAAAUAACAGAUUCAAGCACUGUUAAGAAAGCAAAAUUCUGACAAAUGCAUAGCAAAAGGUUGCAUUUUAAAUAUGAUCUUUGGGUUUAUUUUGCAAAUGCGUAGUGAUAAACACAUAGAAUAAAAACCUUAUUCCGUGCUGAAUGUUAAGUCAUGAAGAUAAUUUGAUUGUUUUAAAACAAUUUAUGAUCGAUGGCAUGUGCGGAAUGUAAGCCUCAAUGGUUAGUGCACAUUAUAUGUGAUAAAAUUCAGCCUAGGAAAUGGAGGAAAAUAUUGUACAAUUGCACAAUAAAUACUACACUCUAUAAAGUCUGUAAUCAAUUGCAUUGUUUUUUUUUAUCAGGUACAGUUUCACUGACAAAUAAGAUUAUUUUUAAAUAUUGUCUGUAUCUUUGUUUUUGACCACAAACUCAAUCUGUUAUACUUCCCAGCUUUCUGUGAUUUACACAGUAGCUGCAGAAUUCUUUCAUUCAAGAAACCUUGCAAUGUCUGCCCAUUUUGUGACUGUAUUUUACCUCUGCUGUUCCCACCUCUGACAUCCAGGCCAGGAGGAGGAAGGAAUGGCCCUCACCGAUGUUCCUGUCAGAUUGUUAAAAACUGUUUAUUUUCACCUUCUCUUGGAAUCUGAAUCUAUCAACAUUUUGUGUCCUUAAUGCAGAAUCUCAUUCGGAAUGCAUAAUUAGCUUUACCAAAAUGAUAGAUUUAAGACUGCAUCAAAUUUAACACACAAGAUUAUUUGUUUCCCCCAUUGCAGUUAAAAUAGAAAAUACUAUUAAUCAUUUACAAUAUUCCUUCCCUGGUAUACUGCAGUUAUUACUGCAUAUUUCCAUGCAUUUCUUCCGAUUUUUGUGAAACAUUGUUAUCUUCUCUCACCAAUGGCUGUUGAGAGCCGAUUUCUGCAGGAAUUUGACAUAAUAUGGUGGAUGAACAUCCAUCCUUUACACAGGUGUGUGAUGUAACAGUUCCUGUACACAUCCUUGGAAUAAAUUUACUUGGCUCCACAUGAUUCUAAUUUGAUUAACAAACCAAAUUUCACUAUUCAUUAAAUAUGCUGACUAAAUUGUGUUCUAUGAUCUGAUUUCUGUAUUCCAAAAUUUUAACUGCAUAAAUCUGCUCUAAUUACCAAUCAGUUAUCUCUUGGGUCUUAAAAGAGCGAUGACCUUGCGCCCUGAGAUAUCUUUUUUCAUAUCUCAGCGAUUUCAAGUCGAGAGUUUGAUAUUGUGAUAAGAGCCUAAAUGAAAGGUUUAGACUCCCUAUUCUGUAAUUGAGAUCACUUUGCAAAAGUUUGAAUGAAAUUCUAGUGUAAUGAGUUCUUGUGCCACAGUGUAUUCUCCAAAGGCAUUUUGAGGGCAUUAGUCACAUUGUGAAAAUCUGUACCCAUUGUAAUUAAACCAGUGACAAAUUUGACAGAAUUAUAGAAAAAAAAUCUUCAUUAGACGACCACCUUGCUCUGUUUUUAAAAUCCUGUCUAAUGUCAGCUGAAAUCUUCCAUGGGAGGUUUUCAUUUGAAAAUUUCAGUGAAUUGUUCUCGUUCCAAAUUGUGCAAUAUGUGAGGGAAGGAAAACAUAUAAAGACUUUGCAGGAUUUUUAAAGAUACAGCAAGAGCAAUAUCAGAGGAACUGUUUACCAGAAUGUGUUGCUGUCUUGAGAAGUGCCUGGGUUCUGAAGAACUCCUCUGAAAUACGGCUAAAUUGAGGAAUGUUGAUGUUCUUAUCACAACAUUCUUGUCUAUGACACCAGUUGCUUUUUCAAAUAUAAUGAGGGGAAAAUAAGCUCAUUGUACAUGUUAAAGUUCUUUUGUACUGAGAUGUAACAUAUACUUAUAAACCUUUGUAAAAUUUUAUGCAAUUGAUGAUUAAAACCAAUUAAUAUCAUUCUAUCUGGGCAGCCUUUUAUAUAUUCAAUUCAGCCUAAUUUGAAUAGUGCAAAGCCGCACUUAGCAAAGUCUUUCAAUUAUAUUUGUGAUGCUAGCCGACUGCAAUCAACUGCAGGUAAGUCAUACAAGAAAUUGAACUUCUUCUUGCA